AUGUGUAAACAUAUUGCCAUUGAAUCACGAAAUCGUUGCCGGGCAUGCCGCCUACGAAACUGUCUUGAAGGUGGAAUGAACCCUAAGCACGUAAGGGAAGAGCGCAACAAACAGGAACGAAUUGAAAGGCCUUCAGAAGUACAAUGCUCAGAUUCGGAGACGGGAAGGCGACCAUAUGAAGAAAACUCGCUGACAUCGUUUCUCUGCGCUCUUGAAAAGCAAACAGAAAUGCUUACGGAUGAUGAUGUGAAGGGUAAUGAUGUAAUGGGUGAAUGGAGUCGCGACAUAUCGAUAACGUUU